UGUGUGUUUUGAAAACUUUAAUGCAUCAGGUCAAUAUCUCUUGAGUCUUUUAGACGACCAUUCUUUUCACUCAUUCAUCAUAUCUCUAUCGUCAUUAAUUCAUUGCCAUGACCUGGAUUGUACAAGACAAAGCUAGCGUCAAAGAGACUGCUAUCUCCCCGAUUGAGAUUAGUAAUAGUGCUCAGACUUCGACAGCUCCUUCACAAAAACGCUCAAACGCAAAGAGGAAAAAGAUGGCUUCCUCUGCAGUCCAAGAGAGCAGUCAUGAUAACAAUGGUCCAGAUGAUGAAAACGGUGAGAAUAGUAGCAUAAUCACAGGCACUGCAGUUGAACAAGCAGAGGUCAAGAAAGAGCCGUCAAAAUCACAGCGUAAACGUGCCCGUCAUGAGAUCGCACGCCCUCUGAAUGAAGAUGAAAAAAAUUGGAACAGGAUUUCGCUCUUUGAUGUGCCGGCAUUACCCGCGGCAUCCGAGAUCGACCCUAUCAUCAACAAGCCUGUAGCGUCUUCUAGCAAGAAGAAGAAUCAGCAUGACCAGAAUAAGACAGCAACAACUAAUAUCAAGAAACAAGAUCAGCCACGGAAAAAUAGCAAGGACUUAAAAAAUAAAGGAUCGAAAAAAUCCAAGCAAGGGGGCCAAUUUGUUACUGCAGACUACGGAAAGUUGGACGAUUGGGGUUGGACUCCUGUGGAUACCGAGGGUAUGUUCAUGGACGACACAGAAGGGUUUUUAUGUCUAGAGGAGUUGGAUGGUGUAGAGGUCGACUAUCAAGGGACAGAAGAGACUGGGAGAACUAUUGUCUUCAAGCAUGAUCCUAAAAAGGCGGCAGCUGGUAAAGGCAAAAGCGUGAGACACUCAGAACCAUUAAAUGUUGGCGAUAAUGAGAUUUAUUAUGACAUCGAUACAUUUGACGAGGAUCUUCUAAUGCACCAAAAGGGACAGGAGAUACAGAAUGUAGAUACGGCUAUGAAUGAACCAGAAACUGAGCAGCAUCUGAAGACAGACUCAAACUUAGAUGUAUGCAGUAAACCAUCCAAGCCAGAAAGCAAAGCCGAGUCAGUAAAAGAAAAGAAAGGUCAAAAAAAGGAUGCUAAUGAUCCGAAAGCUGUUGAGAAAGAGACUGAUGGGCCUAUUAGAACCGGACAGAACGGCCUGGCUGACACCUCCAUAGCGAAGAACACGGAGCAUUCGGGAGAUGAGGGACAAAAAAAACUUGACAGGAAAGAGAAGCAGCGUCUCAAGGUAGAAGCAUUGAAGGCUAGGCAAGCAGCAAAAAAGGCAGCCAAGGCAACCCUCAAGGCUCAAGAGGAACCCAAGGCGCCAUUUGACCCUAUGGAAGGCGUCGACACAUCGUUUGACAUUUCUGCCUGGAUGGAUUACAAUUUUUCAUCCAUGAUCCAGAAUGCCCUCAAAAAGCAAAAGUUCGCGAACCCGUCUCCUAUCCAGCAGAAAGCCCUACCUUUGGGCUUGGCAGGACGUGAUGUUAUUGGUGUAGCAGAAACAGGUUCCGGUAAAACUCUAGCAUUUGGGCUUCCCAUUAUUCAAUAUUUGGCAGAACAGGCAACUUCUGCAGUAGGAAACAAUACUCCGCUCCAGGAAUCUCUGACAGCACUCAUCCUAACUCCUACACGCGAAUUGGCUAUUCAGGUUAAAGAUCAUUUGGUGGCAUUUACUCAAUUCACAGGACAUCAUGUUGUACCUAUUGUCGGAGGCAUGUCGAUCCAAAAACAGGUUCGUCAACUGGAUCGCAAUCCUGCCAUUAUUGUUGCAACACCAGGGCGUCUUUGGGAAUUAAUCUCGACCAACACCGUCUAUUCGGAUCGACUCAUUCAUACCCGAUUUCUAGUCCUGGACGAAGCAGAUCGUAUGCUGGAGUCUGGACAUUUCCAGGAACUAUCCAAUAUCUUGAAGCUGCUUGAACGCAAGCGUGAAAGGACCAGCGAUUGGGAGCAGCACGCCGUCACGGACGAGGGUUCACAAGAUAAUACAAACGGGGUUGUAGUGUCAAAAACAGUCGCUCAGACGGAUUAUGAACACAACCGCCAAACUUUCAUCUUCACUGCAACCCUGAGCAAAGAGCUCAGCUUGAAUCUUUCAAAGAAGAAGAAUCAAGCCAAAUCAGCAGAGCAAAGUGGCGAAGGUACAAUGGAGGAUCUGAUGAACAGGAUUGAGUUCCACGAUGAAUCACCGGCACUUGUUAAUAUUGUUACAGACAAGAUCGUGGCCUCGACACUUUUGGAGGCUAAAAUUGAUUGUCUAACGACAGAGAAGGAUCUCUACUUGUAUUACUUUGCGACGAAGUAUCCUGGUCGCACACUCGUAUUUGUCAACUCUAUUGAUGCAAUCCGUCAUCUGGCACCGAUGAUGCAAUUGUUGGGUAUUGAAGCCUUGGGUAUGCAUGCUCAGAUGCAGCAGCGACAGCGUCUCAAGAACCUAGAACGAUUCAAGGCAAAUUCUCACGCGAUGAUGAUUGCAUCGGAUGUUGCUGCGCGUGGUUUGGAUAUCCCGAUGGUGGACCAUGUCAUUCAUUAUCAAGUCCCUCGCUCUGGCGAUAUCUAUGUUCAUAGAAGUGGACGUACGGCUCGCGCUCAGAAUGAGGGUAUUUCGUUACUGAUCUGUGGACCCGAUGAAGCACAGCUAUACCGCAAGAUUUGCGUGACACUUAAGAAGGAUAAUGGUAUUGUUGAUUUCCCAAUUGACCGUAGCGUUAUUAAUGAGAUGAAGAAACGCGUUGCCUUGGCCAAAAAGAUUGAUGAGCAAGAGCAUCGUAUCCAGAAGGCUGCACAUCAAGAUGAUUGGAUGCUCAAGUCUGCUGAGGCUAUGGACAUUAUUGUGGAUGAGGAUAUGCUGAAUGCGGGGCCAAAAUCAAAGGAUAAAGAAGAAGACAACUCGGCCAUGACGGCUCGUAAGAACAACCUCAAAGCUAUGCGGGCAGAACUUAAAGCUAUGCUGCAGAAACGCAUAAUGCCGAUGGGCGCUAGUGCCAAGUAUAUUACUAGUGGCUCAAUCCGUGAUCUGGCUGAUCGUCUUCGCGAUAGCGCCCACCAUAAUCCACUGAUGCCUGCACAUAUCAAGUCCACGGCAUUAGAGGAUAUUAAGACGCGGCCUUGUAGGAAUAAGCAGACCCAAGCUAAAACGCAUUAAAACGUUCAUUUCAGCCCCCAGCUAUAGAAACUAUAAGUAAGAACGCGUGCACAAUGUAAAGCAUAUCUAUUCCAUUAGAAAACCAAUUAAAUAUUCUCGCAUUCAUUAAUUAAACACCAUCGUAUAUCAGAAGCUCAAAAUGAGUUUGCUAAUAAAAUCCGAC